AUGGGCAGUUGCAUUAGCACCACCACUAGGCCAACUUGCAAAACCCCAGGAAAGCGUGACGGUCAAUGCCCGACCGCCACGAGUCCGAUCCCGGAGGUGACCGCCGUCAAAAGAUCUGCCGCAGGUGAGAAGUACCGCCCGAACGGCGCCGUUUAUCAGAGCAGGCUCUCGGAAGCUCCGAACCCGGCGGCGGACAGGAGAUCUCCUGCGGGUCACGGGAACCGGGAUUUUUCCGGCGAGUUUAGGGGAGGAAAGUGUAGCAAGGCAGACAGAAUUUCUCCGGGUCGGGUAACAGGGUCGAAUUCGGGGCGGAUUGAACCCGGACCCGACCACGUGUGGAGGAAGAGUGGAGUGGAUGGGUUGAGUGGUCGGGUUGGGUUCGGGUCGGGCUGUAAAGCAGAUCGUGGGAAAGGAGGAAUGACGUGGCCACCGACGAACUCUGAGUUGCUUGAAAAUGCGUCACACGUGGCGUUUGAAUGGUGUUCGACUAAUUAA